GAGGGGAGCGUGACUCAGGGCAUUUGGGCGCGCUCCCCCGCGCCGCGCGGCUCUUUCCCCGCGGGCAGCAGCAGGCAGAGCCCGGGCAGGGGCGUCGCGGAGGCACCCCCAGGGAGCGCCGGGUUAUGGUGCCGCCGGGCUGAUUGCCGGGACGCAGCGAGGCAGCGGCGGGGGCCAUGGAGGGGCCUGGCCAGGAGGCCUACGAGGAGAGGAUGAGGAGGAGCCUGGACCCCGAAGGCUACGAGGACCCUGGCAUAAAAGGCUCCCACCUAUCACUGGGGGAGAUGAGCAGGGCCGGCGCUGGCACCGGGUCCCCCUUGCACGCGUGGAGGGCCAGAGCCGAGGAGCUGACGCCCCUGCGCCAGUAUUUGCCCAGCCGCCGGGGAUGCUAUGACGUGGAUGGGAGGAGGCGCGCGGCCGGGGCCCCCCCGGGACAGGCGAGCCGCCGUGGCGGAGGGCAGCCUCCGUCGGUGACCGAUGUGGACCUGGAGGCUGGGGGGAGCAGGCGGCCUGUGUCCCAGCGGGACACCCAUGAGGGCUACGUGGAGCUGCACGAGCUGGUCAUGGACAUCACGAAGGAGCUGUGCUGGAUGGAGGCCGGCCACUGGCUCAAGCUGGAGGAGGACUUCAAGGAGGCCGGGCACUGGGGCCAGCCCCAUCUCUCCUUCCUGACGUACCGCAGCCUCCUGGAGAUCCGGCGGGCUUUGGCCAAAGGUGCUGUGCUCCUCGACGUGGCGGCCACCUCGUUGGCAGCCAUUGCCAAUGUCCUCAUCGAUCAGAUGAUCUACGAGGGGCAGAUCAAGCCGCAGGACCGAGAUGACAUCCUGAGGACGCUGCUGCUCCAGCACAAGCACCCCAGCGAGGCCGAGUCGGUGCGGACCCUGCCACCGGCGCAGCUGCAGCGCUCGGGCACCAGCCGGGCAGAGACGGAGCAGCCGCUGCUGCGGGAGCAGCAGCCCCUGGAGAUGCGCAGGCUGGCCGGGGCAGAGCAGAGCCCGAGCGGGACCACCAAACCCCAGCUCCCCGAGAAGAUCCCCGAGGAUGCCGAGGCCACGCUGGUCCUCGUGGGCUGCGCAGCCUUCCUGGAGCAGCCGACGCUGGCCUUCGUGCGCCUGAAGGCCGCGGUGACACUGGACGCCGUCCUUGAGGUGCCCCUGCCCGUCCGCUUCCUCUUCGUGGUCCUGGGCCCUGACACCCCCAAUGUCAGCUACCACGAGAUCGGACGCGCCGUCGCCACCAUGAUGUCUGAGAGGGUCUUUCGCCGGGAUGCCUACCUGGCCGAGGGCCGCCAGGACCUGCUGCGGGGGGUGGAGGACUUUCUGGAGGCCAGCAUCGUCCUGCCGCCCACCGAGAUCCCGAACGAGCAGCUCCUCCGCAGCCUGGUGCCGCUGCAGCAUGAGCUGCUCCGCCGCCGCUACCAGCCCCCCGAGAAGGCGCCGGGCGAGGCCUUCCUGAAAGACCUGGGGCUGGAGGAGCCGGCGCCGGAGGACGAUGACCCCCUGCGCAGGACAGGGAGACCUUUUGGGGGGCUGGUGCGGGACAUCCGCCGCCGGUACCCCAAAUAUCUCAGCGACAUCAAGGAUGCUCUCAGCCCCCAGUGCCUGGCCGCCGUCAUCUUCAUCUACUUCGCGGCGCUGUCACCUGCUGUCACCUUUGGAGGCUUGCUAAGUGAGAAGACCAAGGGCAUGAUGGGGGUCUCGGAGCUGCUCAUCUCCACCUGCGUGCAGUGCGUCCUCUUCAGCAUCUUCAGUGCCCAGCCCCUGCUCGUCGUCGGCUUCUCGGGGCCCCUCCUUGUCUUCGAGGAAGCCUUCUACUCGUUCUGCAGUGCCAAUGGCAUGGAGUACAUCGUGGGCCGGGUCUGGAUCGGCUUCUGGCUGAUCCUGGUGGUGCUGGUGGUGGUGGCCUGCGAGGGCAGCGUCCUGGUGCGCUACCUGUCCCGCUACACCCAGGAGAUCUUCUCCUUCCUCAUCUCCCUCAUCUUCAUCUACGAGACCUUCUCCAAGCUCGUCACGAUUUUCAAGGAUCACCCGCUACAGCGGCAUUACAACGUGAAGGCCGUCGUCGAGCCCAAGGUGCCGGAGCCCAACACGGCGUUGCUGUCCCUCGUCCUCAUGGCCGGCACCUUCUUCCUGGCCUUCUUCCUCCGCAAGUUCAAGAACAGCGCUUUCCUGCCUGGCACGGUCCGACGCUUGAUUGGGGACUUUGGGGUGCCCAUUUCCAUCUUCAUCAUGGCGCUGGUUGACUUCUUCAUCAAGGACACGUACACGCAGAAACUGAACGUCCCCAAAGGGCUGGAGGUCACCAACUCAUCCGCCCGGGGCUGGUUUAUCAACCCCAUGGGGAAUGACAACCCUUUCCCCAUCUGGAUGAUGUUCGCCUCCGUGGUGCCCGCCCUCCUGGUCUUCAUCCUCAUCUUCCUCGAGACGCAGAUCACCACCCUCAUCGUCAGCAAGCCUGAGAGGAAGCUGGUGAAGGGCUCUGGCUUCCACCUGGACCUGCUGCUGAUCGUGGCCAUGGGGGGGCUGGCCGCCCUCUUCGGCAUGCCCUGGCUCAGCGCCACCACCGUCCGCACCAUCACCCACGCCAACGCCCUCACCGUCAUGAGCAAGACCUCCGCUCCCGGCGAGAAGUCCCAGAUCUUAGAGGUCAAGGAACAGCGCAUCAGCGGCUUGUUGGUGGCCGUGCUCAUCGGCGUCUCCAUCCUCAUGGAGCCCAUCCUGAAGUACAUCCCUCUGGCCGUGCUCUUCGGCAUCUUCCUCUACAUGGGCGUCACCUCCCUCUUCGGCAUCCAGCUCUUCGACCGCAUCCUCCUCUUGCUGAUGCCACCCAAGUACCACCCUGACGAGCCCUACGUCACCCGGGUGAAGACUUGGCGGAUGCACCUGUUCACCUUCAUCCAGAUCAUCGUCCUCGCGCUGCUGUGGGUGGUGAAGUCCACCCCGGCCUCGCUGGCGCUGCCCUUCGUCCUCAUCCUCACCGUGCCCCUGCGGCGCUUCGUGCUGCCCAGGAUCUUCCGGGACAUCGAGCUCAAAUGCCUGGACGCGGACGACGCGGUGGUGACCUUCGAAGAGGCGGAGGGCACGGACGUGUACAACGAGGUGCAGAUGCCCAGCUAAGGGCUCACUGCCACCCACCCCCCCAGGACUGCCCCGCGCCCCCCCGGCCCCCCCAUCCACCCGCUUGUAGCUCCACUGCUGCCAUCCCGGGGUGCUGGGUGACGGAGGGGGACUUGGGGACACAGCCCAGAGCCCCGGUCCCCACCUGUGCACCCUGUGAAUGGAGCCUUUUUAUUUUUUUUCCCCCUUUUUUUUUCCCCAUUUUUUUAACAUUUUGGAUGGUGUGAGCUCACCCGCACUUUGCUACCUGCUGGGGAAGAGGCUGCCCGGGCUGGGGGGGUCCCAUGGGCUGUCCCCGACUUUGGCAGGGUGGGAUGGCCCAUGCCCUGUGUCACCAUGGGGUCCCCAAGGCCACCGCCGGGCUGUGACCGGGCACGGAGCCGGAGGAAGACACCCGAGCUCGGAGCAGGGAGGAAGGCCGGGAAGGGACAACACAGGAUGGGGACAGAGUGGGACGGGGUCCCCUCACUCCCCCCAACCCCGCUGCCUCCCCCGGGGCGCCCCCCCCACCCGCCCAGCCCCUCUUCCCCAGACGAACUUCCAGUGCUAACGAGCACUCGUGGCCGCUCACAGCAUCUCCCGGGGUCGGGAUGUAAAUAGCCCAGCGAGGGGGUUUAUAUAUUUGCAA